UCUUUUUGUCUUUUUUGUUUGCAGAGAAGCUGAUGAUCUAGGACCUACGUUGAACAACUUCAUAAGAACUUUGUAUUUAGUUUACUUGGGUUGGUGUGCUAUAAGUUCCUUGAAGACUGUGGUUCUUCUGAGGAGGAGAACUGGAUAAUGUGGAAAAAGUGAAAAUGCCUCGUGUUAAAGCAGCUCAAGCUGGAAGACAGGGCCCUGCAAAGAGACAUCUUGCAGAACAAUUUGCAGCUGGUGAGGUAAUCACCGACUUGGCAAAAAAGGAAUGGAAACUAGGAUUACCCAUUGGCCAAGGUGGCUUUGGUUGUAUAUACCUUGCUGAUAAGAAUUCUUCAAAAUCGGUGGGCAGCGAUGCACCCUAUGUUGUGAAAGUGGAACCCAGUGACAAUGGACCUCUUUUUACUGAAUUAAAGUUCUACCAGCGAGCUGCCAAACCAGAGCAAAUUCGGAAAUGGAUUCAUACCCAUAAACUGAAGUACCUGGGUGUUCCUAAAUACUGGGGGUCUGGUCUACAUGAUAAAAAUGGAAAAAGUUACAGAUUUAUGAUAAUGGAUCGCUUCGGGAGUGACCUUCAGAAAAUAUAUGAAGCAAAUGCCAAAAGGUUUUCUCGGAAAACUGUCUUGCAGCUAAGUUUAAGAAUUCUUGAUAUCCUGGAAUAUAUUCACGAGCACGAGUAUGUGCAUGGAGAUAUCAAGGCCUCAAAUCUUCUUCUGAGCUGCAAGAAUCCUGACCAGGUGUACCUGGUGGAUUAUGGCCUUGCUUAUCGAUACUGCCCAGAAGGAAUUCAUAAAGAAUACAAGGAAGACCCCAAAAGAUGUCACGAUGGCACCAUUGAAUUCACCAGCAUUGACGCGCACAAUGGCGUGGCCCCAUCAAGACGUGGUGACUUGGAAAUACUUGGUUACUGCAUGAUCCAGUGGCUCAGUGGCCAUCUUCCUUGGGAGGAUAAUUUGAAAGAUCCUAACUAUGUUAGAGAUUCCAAAAUUAGAUACAGAGAAAAUAUUGCAGGGUUGAUGGACAAAUGUUUUCCUGAGAAGAACAAACCAGAUGAAAUUGCUAAAUACAUGGAAACAGUGAAAUUACUGGACUAUGACGAGAAACCUCUUUAUCAAAAUUUACAAGAUAUUCUUUUGCAAGGACUAAAAUCUAUAGGAAGUAAGGAUGAUGGCAAACUGGACCUUGGGUCUUUGGAGAAUGGAGGCCUGAAAGCAAAAUCUGUAACAAAGCGAAAGAAAGCAGCUGAGAAAAGCACAGAGGCGAGUGUUGAAGAAAUGGAAUGCUCAGAUGCCCAGCCGGAAGAAGCGAUGCAGACGCGUUCAAAACGGAGAAAGAGAGUCCAGAAGUAAAUCACAUGCUGUGUGAGCCAGUUUCCUUUCCUUCCUUUCAUGUGACUUUUCUCUUUUUUCUUUUUUGGGUGUUUUCAUGUGAGUGUUGUGGGUGGGGUAGUGGGGAAAUACCUAUGUCUCUGAAAAACCAAUUUUUUAUUAAAAUAAAUGCUUUGUACAAUUUAUUAAAGGCUAACUUAUAAAAUUUCAAAAUGUUUAGGUUACAUGUACCCUUUAAGCUGUCUGUGCCUGUGAAAGGUCUGGAUACUUACAGAGAAAUUGCUGUGACGUGCACUUUCCCGUCGUGUGUCUUUCCCAGAAUAUAACAUGCUUGACGAGUCUUUCCUUUAAAGGAAAUAGGAAACUUAAAAUAAAAGGGUCUUUUCGCUUGAUA